CUCCGCCUCUGCCUCCUACGGCGACGUCUCCGAUUUCUUCCCUCAUUUCUCCUCGAGCAUAAUACCCCUUCCGGCACGCGAACGCCCUACAUGUCCUCGCGGCCAGCGAUUUUUGAACUAUGGACACAGAGGAUGGGCAGAUAUUCAUAAAGAAUCUGGCCUACUUUGUACGAACUCACGAAAAAGCACUCGCCAACGCCCUGCAGCUGCAGCGCCAAUCUCCUAAAAAUGCAUCCACCGUAGGCGGAGGCCCUGCCUCGCCGACUUCGAAUACACCCUCCAACUCUGCCUCAACCUUUGCGGCAGCCCUCUCCCUCCCCUACCUUACAUUUACCUCGCAAACAAUAAAGCCCGCAAAGCUGACCCUGACCCCGCACCACCUCUUCUACCUCCUCUCCCGCUUCGAGGAGAUGUCGAUACCUGUGGGACCGAUGAAUAUUAGGUUGGAAAACAUACACUCCGAGUCAACAAAUUAUGUCUCGUUCUUGAGCAAGGCACAAAGGAAUAAAAGCAGGGCAUCCGAUCGUGACUCAAUGCACUCCGUGUCCAGCAUACGCAGUGUAAUGUCAGGAAUGUCUUCGCUAUGGUCUACGCUUGGCCUUGCUUCCAACAGUGCAGCCAAGGCAGAAAAGCAGAAGGCUGCUAUUCAAGAGGACCUCAAAUACCUCUAUUCUGCCUUUACCAAGAUUCCGUGCUUACGGCUGGCGCCCGACCACAAAGCCCGCCUCAUCGCAGGAUACGAGGAAUUCCCUUUUGAUAGUGCCGUUCCUCUGUUUGCAUUCAAGAACCUGAGUGCCCUUGAGAUCUACGACGUAGACUUCCGCCAGUUCUAUGGUUGGGACCGACUAGCCGAGCAACUACGGAGCCUCACUGUCAAAAGAGCCGGAGUGGACGACCCAACUGAUUUGCUGAUUAACGUUGUCCUGGACGAUAUGGACAAACGAAGGAAAAGGUCUGCCAAGGCUCCACCGUCACCCGUCACGCCGUGGACUACCCCUGGCACUGCUACCAAGAAUGUUGAUAUUGCGAGGUCGCAAACACCACCGGCUUCGCCAGGCGACAGACUUGGUCUAAAUAGCCCCCAAAGCGUGCCCAUGGCGCGGAGUGGAUCUAGUGAAUCAAAGUCCAAAGCCCGCCCCCGGCAACGGAGUGCCUCACCCACGCGACCUCACAGCUCCAGGCAUGGCUCGACCAAUGUGUACGGCAGGAAUAGUACGGGGAAUAUCCGACGUUCAUCUGGAAGCUCGGGCUCUAGCAUUCAGUCAGCGACUCCUCGCAAUAGCACAUCCAAUCUGUUGUCCACGCCGUGGUUCCCGUCAACCAAGUGGAGAUUCUUGAGGCAUCUGAGUCUUGCUGACAAUGCCUUGACCAACAUAUCAACAGCAAGUCUGGCUCCACUGGCCAAUACUUUGCAGUCUUUUGAUCUUUCAGCAAAUCUUUUUACAGAGAUACCUGACAGUUUGGCCUCAUUGACAUCUCUCCGUGCGCUAAAUCUUUCAAACUGCAUGAUCGAGUCGUUGCACUCAUUGGGAAGAAGUCCGCUGCCGGCUAUUACUACACUGAACCUCCGUUCCAACCGUCUGAUCUCGCUUGCCGGCGUAGAGCGACUGCUGUCUUUGGAGCGUGUUGACUUGCGUGAUAACAAGCUAACAGAUCCAACCGAAGUCGCUCGUCUGACAGGCAUUCCAGAAAUACAGGAGAUCUACGUCGGUCGUAACCCGUUCUGCAAAACACACAGCAACUAUCGUGUUACAAUCUUCAACUUGUUCCGAAAAACGCCCGGGUAUGCUGAGGAUAUUGUCAUUGACACGACUGGGCCAGGCUACAGCGAACGCAAGCAGCUGGUUGAUAGGGCCCCAGAACGUCCCAAUGUUCCAGUCAUGAAACCACCUCCAGAGGAUGACGUGAGUGCACCUCCGCCUCCUCCGCCCAAGCCGCGCCCGGCCUUUGCGGAUGUUCCCGGACAGGGUAAUAUCGAAGCCCAGACUCAAUCGGCGAGAUCACACCACCGUUCGAGAAGCGACUAUGGGACUGGUGGAGCCGGGUCGCAAAGGCGACGCAAACCAAAGCGGCGGAUAGUGGAGCUAUCGCAAAGCGAGCAUGCACAAUCUGCAGCUUUAUCAGUUCCGCCACCUGAAGAUCUAUACACCAGCCCGGUCAAGCCACAGCUACAUACCGCUCACACAGCAUCUGAAGCUUUGACUACCGUACACACCCACCCCGACCAUGAGCAGCUCCCUCUCAUAAACACCGCCCUAGCUACCCACCCUAAAGACUCUGCAGUGGAGUUUGACGUUAGCAGCGACCUCUACAAAAAGAAAAUCGAAGCUUUGCGGCAGGACUUCGGAAGCACGUGGCUGAGUGCCCUUGGGGAUGAGUCGUGGGACUCUCAAACGGUGGGCAGCUUCCCCGAGCGGGGCUUCUCACCUCCGCUCAAGCCGUCUCUGACACGGACGCCCAGCCAAGGCAUCGUGUCAGGAGGGCGAACGCUCGGCUGAGGCCAUAUUCUUCUUCGAACACGCAGUACUCUUCAUGGGCAAUGAGUACCUGAGGUUCUUGUGACACCACCGACACCGCACGAUUGUCGAGAAUGGCCCCAUUACUCCCAAUAACGUGGUACAGGAUCUACCUUGUCUGGCGCAAAGAUCGGCCCCUUUACCUCAAGUUGUUCCUGCAGACCCUUUCCCUCAUCCUCGCUUGCAUUCAGUUGGAAAUGGUCGAAGAAGACCCUACCAAAAGGUGGUUCAGACCUA